GGCCUCCUCGAUUACUCUGAUACCGGUCUUGACCUUUUCCUUUCAACCUCGGUAAUCUCCCAACCAAGCCAUUUCUUCUCUAAUAUUGCUACCAUCCUCCACCUCUUCCACAUAGUUCUUACUAUCUCCUACAUACUUGUAGUCCUGCGUCGUCGAGCACUGGUCGGGUGACCGGUUCUUUAGUCAAUCGGACUCGGUAGUCGAGCUUCGGUUGUUUUUUAUGAAAUUCGGUCGAUUGAAUCGAUCCGGGUGACGUAGCACAGCCUCUCAGUCUCUCCCCUGUCCUGCCAGCUACAUACAUACAACAACAAGCGCAGGCCAUUCAUAUAUAUAGUGCCACCCUUCCUCCUCCUCCCCCCCCUGCAGCCUUGUAUGCUACACCCACUCAACAAUCUUCCACUCCGACUCAACUGAAUACUCCUUUUGCACUUUUUUUUAGUCCUUUAUAAUUGUUGUUGUACUGUUCUCGCACUCUUCUUACUCUCAGUAAUACUCAAUUCGAUUUUCCGCCAUGUCGACGCCAAUGACAAUGCCUGUACCCUUCCAGCAGUUCAUGAUCCAUCCUCUUCAGGUUAACCACCACAAUAACCACCCGCUUCCCCCUUCGCUCGACUCUGCUCACUCUGGGGCUUCGAACCUGUCUCCCUCUAACCAUUCGACGGUCUCUUCGGUUUAUCCCAACUCUACUAGCACUGCUGCUACCUCGCCAGUAUCCAACUUCCAACCAAUGGCUCUCCUCGGCCCCGGCAACCUCAUGGCCCAUCAGCAGCCCGCCAAUCCUAACUCGACCACCCGUGUCCUACUCCUGGCUGACUUCAACAAGGAGCUCAAGACCAGAGACAUCCAGCAUGUCUUUGCCGAGUGGGAGGAUGACCGGGGCGGGUUCAAGAUCAAGUGGGUCGACGAUACCUCCUGUCUGAUCGUCUUCGCCGAUCCUGGCGUAGCCAAGCGGGCCUUCCUGGGUGUCUUAUCUAACCCACCCAGCUCCUUGACCACCAUCCAGCCCGACGGCACCGGCAAGGCCGCCACCCUGCGUGCUUACAAUAAGCCCGACGUCCCUCAGAUCUUGGCCUCCGUCCAAAACCGUCCCCGAUCUCGAUCGAACGCGUCCCAAUCACUUCAUUCGCGCGCAUCGUCGAUUGCCUCCACCGGUGGACUCGGCAGAAGACCAAGCAUGGGCGCCAUGGCUGCUCGCAAUCGGACCUCCUUAUCCGGGCCCUCUGGUCUUGCCAGCCGUGCUGGUUCGAUCGCCUCGAUGGGCUCCAACUCGCUCGGCCACCCUGAGUUAAUGGAUAAUAGUGCCUCUGUGCCCACGAGCAAUGGCAGCAUGUCGAUGAACCCAGCCAGCAACUUAUCGAAUGCUCCCAAUUCCGACAGUGGUGACUCAAGUGCCACCGCCAACCUAUCAUCUGCGGGAGCAUCGGGUAUGAGGCCUCGUAUCGAGGAUGCCGGCAAACGAUUCAUCGCCUCCGGACUAAGCAAGCCGGGCUCAGGGAUCACCCAGCAAUCCAUCAGCGAGCUUGACGAAAAUCCAAACACUGCCACUUACAACUUGGCCAAUCUGACGAUUGAAGAAGAGAGCGUCACGCCUACUGCAGCAUCCCACUGAGUAGGAAAAUGUGCAGGCAACGAUUAAAGAAACUAUACAAAACGUUGAUCUCUCUUGUAGUGUUUAUCGAGAUAAGGAGCUCAAACAAGAAAAUAAGAAGAAACCCUGUGGCUCAGUUUUGUUGUAAACGAUCGUUCAUUCGGUGUUGAUUUAUUUUUGUUUUCGAAAAAGAAGAAGAAGAACUGUUGAUUUCCCCCCCCCCCUUUAUUUUAGCUUUCUCAUUGUACAAACUCCAAGACCUAUUCACUUUAUAAAAAUACACAGAAUCUGACUAGCACAAAAACAUAAACAAACAGAACAUAGGCUAUCUCUAUCCUUUGAUGGAAAUCCCCAUCCGGCCUCAAGAUUUGAUAGCUUUGUUUUUUUUUUUCUUGCCUGUGUCCUCAAGAAAAUAACAAAGCCGAUCUAUUUCUUUUGGUUCAUGAAUUUUUUUGUGAUCGAUCGGUUACAACUCUUUUCAAGUUCUACUUUCGAUGUAUUACUAAGAUUCUUUCCUCUACCAAAGAUAUUCUUAACAAGUAAACAAACCCAAAGGAAUGUCUU